AUGGCCGCCGUGGAGCUGGACCUUCAUAGCCAGAAAUUCUUACUAGAGGAACAUGGACAGAAAAGGAAGAGGCCUAGUUCAAGUUUGGGUUCAAGCGAGAUGCCUCAAGAUGAAUCAGCCGGAGGAGCCAGCCUCAAUGGCCAGGAGGGCGCUUCAGCCGUGGUUAAAUCAAGAGCAUAUCAAGUUGAGAUGCUGGAGGAGAGCCUUAAACAAAAUAUAAUAGUUGCGAUGGACACUGGGAGCGGAAAGACUCAAAUUGCAAUUCUUCGCAUUCGACACGAGCUGGAAAGGUGCCCGAUCCAUAAGAUCGUUUGGUUUCUAGCUCCAAAAGUUCCGCUAGCUGAGCAACAGUACCUAGCUAUUUCUAAACAGCUCCCUGCCUAUCAGACGAGGAUUUUGACUGGGGCAGACAACCUGGAGCGUUGGUCUACACAGAAAAUUUGGGAUGCCUUUCUUUUAAAUACAAGGAUUGUUGUCUCGACGCCCCAGGUGCUUCUUGAUGCACUAUCAAAUGGAUUCAUUACCUUACGGCGGAUAGCACUCCUCGUUUUCGAUGAAGCCCAUCACUGUGUCAAGUCCGCCCCUGAAAACAGGAUUAUGCAGAAUUUCUACCAUGCACAGGUUCAUCAGCUCCGUAAGACAAAUGACCUUCCGUAUAUCCUCGGCCUUACUGCCAGCCCCACCUCCAGUUCUGCGGAGGAUGCCUUGAGGCAACUGGAAUUAAACCUCCAUGCGUGCUGUAAGACGCCAAAUAUCCACCGAGAAGAGAUGAUGCAAUUUGUGCACAUCCCAGAACUGCGAAAAGUUUCAUACCAGAAAGACUUGAUGCUUCUUAACAAUUUGGAGGUUAAGUUUUUUGCUAUGCUGAAUAGCAUAGAUAUCCAAGAUGACCCCUUUUUCCAGAGAUACAAAGGAAAACAUGACCGCAAAAGCCAAGAGAGAUAUACGCUUGCGCUUGAAAGGAAAACGCCAUGUCUUAUCCAACUGAAGCGAUGCUUUAGCAAAAUUGUCUAUAUGUUUAGCGAACUUGGGCUAUGGGCCGCGUCUACAUAUAUUUCUGAAAUAUACCGACGGGCCCAUGACAAAAAAGCAAAGCUCAUAGACCAAAAUUGGUCAGAAUGGGAUAAAGACGAUGCGUCCUUUAUAUGCAAUGCAAUGCUGCCGGUGAUUGAGAUUAUGGGGGAAAGACACUGGGAUACAGCACCGGAUUCAGUUUCACAGAAGGUGGACCAUCUGAUACACCUUUUAUCAUCAGAACACACAGGCACCUCGAGAGGGAUAAUUUUCGUUGAGCAAAGAGCAACAGCUGUUAUGCUCACACACUUGAUUUCCCAGCAUCCUAAGUUAACACAUAUAAAAUCGGAUUAUUUUCUAGGAAAUUCUGCCUUUGCUGCUCGGAAGUCUGACAUUACCGAGCUCAGUAAGCCAGGAGACAUGAAGGACUCUAUAAAUGACUUGAAAUCCGGAAAAAAGAACCUGCUUGUUGCUACUUCUGUCCUUGAAGAGGGCAUAGACGUCUCUGCAUGCGACCUUGUUGUUUGUUUUGAUCCUCCAAAACAGUUAAGAUCCUUUGUUCAGAGACGGGGUAGAGCCCGAAAGGCAAACUCGAAAUAUGUGAUAUUUCAUGCUGAAGACGAUACUUCAACAAAAAAGGACUGGGAAGCUAUGGAAGAUAUCAUGAAAGAAAGGUACUCGAAUAACAAGGAACUUAUUGAUGAAUAUUUGGCACAGGAAAGUGAUGAUGAAGAUGAAAAUGAUUAUGAAAACCUGAGGAUAGAGUCCACCGGGGCACUACUAACUCUUGACAAUGCGCGUCAGCACCUCUCCCACUUUUGCUCAACAUUACCCUGUGACUUUACAGAUAUCCAGCCGGAUUUUAUCAUUUCGAAGGCUGUAGCUGGAACCAUGUUUACCGCCAAAGUACUUCUUCCAACUGCUUUGGAUCCUCAAUUUCGUGAAUUUGAGGGUAUCCGAACAUGGAAGAAGGAGAAAAUGGCGAAAAGGGAUGCAGCAUUUCAAGCAUACUUACAGCUCUACGAAGUUAGCCUGGUUAACGAACACUUAAUGCCGGAACACUGUCAUACAACAGAUGAAGAAACAGCACACAUUGAAAAACACCCGAGCACGGCAACCUGCUCUGAGGCGUUUAGCCCCUGGGAAACAAUUGCUGAUCAAUGGCAAGCCACAGAUACAUUCUACCAAAGCAGUAUUGUCAUCAGCUCUGGCACAGAAGAGUUACCAAAAAUGCUAUUAAUUCUACCCGCCCCUCUUCCCUGCAGCUUCACAUUCAAGUUAUUCUGGAACGAAACGAGUACCCUUUCCGUAUCGGUUUCGCCGGAGGCCCUGACCAUAUCCGAUAAAGAUAUUACUUCGGCUCCCCUGGCUACGCAUAUUCUCCUGUCUUCCGUAUAUUCUAGUAGAAUGAAUGGUGAUUCCCGAGAUUUCUCUUGUGUAUUUGUCCCCGCUCUAGACAAGGGGUACAGCGGGCUUAAAGAAUGGUGUACCAAAGUCAAUAAGUCUAUUUUGGGAAAAGACAUUGAAAACUACAAUUUGAGCCCCGUUGACUUCGGCCUCGCAAGACGGACAGAUAUCACUGCUAGACCUUGGACUGUGGAUAAAUUUGUAUGGAUGAAACCCGUUAUGAGCAAAAAUGACGGCGAAUGUGAAGAGGACGAAGAGGAAAAAGUAGAAGAGAUACUGCACAUCGAAGGAGAAAAGUGGCCUAAGAGGACAGACUUCUUACAUCCCGUGGCCAACACUGACAACUCUAAACCCCAUCACACUGGGAGGAAGUGUGAUCCAGUUCGAGACAGCUCUAUAUCCAUGUUACCUGUUGGGUUCUCAAAGUUUGCCCUCUUCAUCCCGUCCCUUAUUCAUACCGUGGGACGCUUCUUGCUGGCCGAGGAGCUAUCAAAAACCAUAUUAUCACCUAUCGGAUUCAAGGAUAUCCAACUAGUGUUGACUGCGAUCAGUGCAUCCUCGGCAAGAGAAAGUACCAAUUAUCAACGACUGGAAUUCCUUGGGGAUAGCGCCUUGAAGCUCCAUACAUCUAUGCAGCUGUUGGUGGACCAUCCAUUUUGGCAUGAAGGCCUUUUGUCACAUAAGAAAGGCUUCAUCAUAUCCAAUUCUCGACUCUGGAAAGCUACUAUAGAGACAGGGUUGGACAGAUUCAUUCUCACAGCCUGUUUCACAGGUGCAAAAUGGCGACCGCUAUACAACUCUACGUACACAGCCAAUGCAGGAAGAGUUGGUAAGAAUUCAACAAGGGAAAUUUCUACUAAAACUCUCGCAGAUGUUGUUGAAGCUUUGAUUGGCGCGGCCAUUGUUGACGGGGGAGAAGACAAAGCGCUACACUGUCUACAGGUAUUUCUACCGGAAAUAAACUGGCUAUCGUAUGAAAAGCGCAUAGAAAUGCUCUAUGACGCUUCACCGGAAUUCCACGAUAAUGCCCCUCACGAUAUCCUGUCAAAGAUUGAACCCCUGAUAGAUUACUCGUUUACGAAGAAGGCUCUUCUGGCCACCUCCUUGUCGCAUCCUAGUAAUCCAAUUAGUGGGAUGACGUAUCAGAGACUAGAAUUCCUCGGGGAUUCGAUUCUCGACAGCAUUGUGACAAGGGCUCUGUUCCGCUCUAACAAAGAGAUUCCUCAUCAAGACAUGCACCUGAUGCGCACUGCGUUAGUCAACGCCGACUACCUUGCUUUCCUAUGCAUGAAUACCUCCACCGACGAACAGCGAGAAGACGUAUCCGCGUCCUCCAUUGGGAAGGUCGAAAUCACCUCUUCUACCCGUAGGGUGUCUCUAUGGCAGUAUAUGUCACAUUCGGCCGCUUUAGAUAUUGCUAAUGCUCAGCUUGCUACGGUCCGGAAGUUCGAGGAGUUGCGUGAGAAGAUAGACGAAGCCCUGCGGUCGGGUACCAGAUACCCCUGGACUUUACUUUUGACUCUCAAUGCACCCAAGUUCUUCUCGGAUAUCAUCGAGAGUAUCCUGGGCGCAAUAUUCAUUGAUUCACGUGGAUCCGUGGAGGCGUGUCAGACAUUCCUCUCGCGCAUUGGCCUUAUGGGCUACCUCAACCGCGUGUUGGACGAUGGUAACAUUGAUUUCAUGCAUCCGAAACAGCGUCUGGGCCAGAUCGUACAGUCCCUCACCGUGAAAUACAUUGUGUCAGAUGUUCAUAAGCAUGGAGUUAUGCGAUGGAACUGCCAGAUUCUUGUGGGAGACCAGGAGAUUUGUCAAAUUAACGAUGGAGUAAGCCGAAUUCAUGCUGAGACGAAGGCGGCGGAGAUUGCUCUUGAAAUUUUACAAACGAGAAAUUGA